GCGCGCCCCGACGAACCGGAUAGGCUCGGAACCUGUCCCUUUAAACGUGUCGUGGCCGCGCUGCUCGUGCUGAAGUUUCUCCGGCCGGAGAGCAGCACAGCACCCGGGCACAGCGGGGCUCCCCCUGCCGCAUCGUCCCUGGAAGCAAGACACCCGCCGCCGGCGACGAAGCCCGCCAUGCAGCGCGCGUUCCAGCUGUGCGUGCUCGUCAGCGUCGCGGCGGCGCUGCUGGCUCUCCAGGUGGGGGGUCCCGCGCGGUGCGCCCCCGGCUGCCACGCGGGCUCGUGCGUCAACGGCUCGUGCGUGUGCCACCACGGAUGGGUGGGCGAGCGCUGCCAGCACUGCCAGGGCAGGUUCAAGUUAAGCGGCCCGUCGGGGUGGCUCAGCGACGGUCCCACGAAUUACAAGUACAAGACCAAGUGCACGUGGCUCAUUGAAGGAUUCCCCCAGGCGCCGCUGAGGCUGCGCUUCGACCACUUGGCCACCGAGUGCGGCUGGGAUCACAUGUACGUGUACGACGGCGACUCGCUCUUCGCGCCGCUCGUCGCCGCCUUCAGCGGCCUGGUGGUUCCCGAGUCGGGCGGCGACCAGACGGUCCCGGAGGUGGUGACCACGUCCGGCUACGCUCUGCUGCACUUCUUCAGCGACGCCGCGUACAACCUGACCGGCUUCACCGUCUCGUACUCGGUGAACUCGUGUCCCAACAACUGCUCGCGGCACGGCCGCUGCAGCUCGGCCGGCGCUUUCUGCGAGUGCGACGACCACUGGGGCGGCGCCGCCUGCCGCCGGCCGUACUGCCGGCGGGACUGCGGCAGCCCCGACCGAGGAUACUGCGACCUGACCGGGGAGAAGCUCUGCGUCUGCAAGGACGGCUGGCAAGGUCCGGACUGUUCCGUGGCCGUCCCGUCGACGGAGGCCUUCUGGUGGCUGCCCAGCGUCAAAACACGGCCGUCCUCUCGGUCCCCGGGUCGGGCGUCCCACCAGGCUCUGGUGCACGCCGGGCUGAUGUGGGUGGUGGGCGGCUACUCCUUCGACUACGCCAACUACCACAUGGUCCUCAAUUACGAUCUGGAGAGCAGCACGUGGGACGUGGCCCCCGCCACCGGGGGCCCUCUCUUCAGAUACGGCCACUCGCUGGCUCUCCACCAGGACGACAUGUACAUGUUUGGCGGCAAGCUGGAGUCGGGUCCGGGCAACGUCACGGACGAGCUGUGGGUGUUCGACAUCCCCCGACGCGCGUGGUCCCGCAGGACGCCGGCGGCGCCCCCUCCCUACGCCCUGGAGGGUCACACGGCCCACGUGGUCCGGCCGGCGCCGGGCAAGCCGGUGAUGCUCGUCUUCUUCGGGUACUCGCCCGUCUACGGCUUCGUCAACGGAGUGCUGGAGUACAACAUCAGGUCCAACACUUGGCGGACGGCGCCGACGGGCGGCGCGGCCGUGCGGGGCGGCCACGGCCACAGCAGCGCGUACCACCACGCCAGCGGCGCCGUCUUCGUGCACGGCGGCUACAAGGCGCUGGGAAACGGCAAGCACGGCCUGGUGGACCACUUGUACCGCUACCACGUCGCCACCGGGACAUGGUUGAUACUGCGCGAAAGCGGCCUGGCGAGGUCGCUGCACUCCUCCGCGUUGCUCGGCGGCAUCCUGCUGGUGUUCGGGGGCAACACGCACAACGACACGGCGCUCAGCAACGGCGCCAAGUGUUUCUCCGCUGACUUCCUGGCCUACGACAUAGCUUGCGACGAGUGGAGCGUCCUCCCGCCGCCGGACCUGCACGCCGACGUCAACCGAUUCGGCCACUCGGCCGUCGUCAGCAACGGCUCCAUGUUCAUCUUCGGAGGCUUCUCCGGUCUCCUCCUGAACGACGUGCUGGUCUACACGCCCGCGUCUUGCCAAGCCUUCUCUGCGCCGGUACCGUGCGCCGCCGCCGGGCCGGGCCUGCGUUGCCGCUGGCUGGACGGCGCCUGCGUCGCCUGGGAACCGACAGAUUCCGAUCCUCCCCCGCCCGCCCGCUUCUGCCCUCGUCGGCCCGACAGUACUGACGAACAGUGUUUGCCCUUUUCUGAUUGCGCCAGCUGCACGGCCAACACUCGCGGCUGCCAGUGGUGCGAGGACAGGAAAUGCAUCUCCGUCUCCGGCAACUGCACCGUGCUAACUUUGGAGUUUGCCCAUCAGCACGGCGGCGCGCUCUCUCUGCCUUCGCGCCCGUCCGUGUUGUCCGAGCAUCAGCUGAGCUUUUGGAAGCACGGCGCCCGCAGGAAGGGACACGCGCUGACGGAGGCAUCCGAUUGUCAGCGGCGUUCCGAGCAGGAAUGUUUACGACUGACCGACUGCAGGAGCUGCAGCCUUAACGCCAACUGCCAGUGGAAGGCGCCGCAGCAGCAGUGUCGAUGGAGUCCCGGUGAGCCGUGUGGUGAAGGCUGGCACCACGUGGGCGAGGCGUGCCUGCGGAUCAACGGCAGCCGGGCCACUUUCGACGACGCUCGGCAUUACUGCAAGAACCUCGGAGGGAACGUCGCCUCGUUACGCGACGAUCGGCACGUCGCCUUCGUGAUGGAGGAGAUCGAUAAGUACCGCGCACGAGCACAGUCUUUAUCGCCCUGGGUGGGCCUAAGGAAGAUCAACGUGUCGUUCUGGGGCCGGGAGGACGGUUCGGGCUUCACCGACGGCGCCCUGCGCUGGCUCCCGGGAGAACCCAGCGACUCGGGCUUCUGCGCUUACCUGCUGCCGGCGCCGACGCCGGGGCUGAAGGCCAACGCCUGCACCGUCGCUGCCGACGGACUCGUCUGCCAAAAAGACGCCGGGAGUCAUCAGGGCCCCAGUUCGCAUCCCUGCAAGACCCCGUGUGCCCUGCGCACCAGCUGCGCCAACUGCACCAGUCAGGCCACGGAGUGCAUGUGGUGCAGGAGCACCCGGCGCUGCGUGGACUCGUCGGCCUACGUGGUCUCCUUCCCCUUUGGGCAGUGUCUGGAGUGGCAGACUCACGACUGUGCCGCCCAGAACUGUUCUGGUGUGAGGACUUGCGCCGAGUGCUUGGAGCGACCAGAGUGUGGCUGGUGCGGUGACCCCGCCGACACGGGCAGCGGCGUCUGCGUGGAAGGGUCCUACCGCGGACCACUGAAGCCCGCCGACGCCAAGGCCGGGCCCCGAAAUCGUAACAUGGUCCUGGAUCAAGGCUUGUGUCGGGCUGACAGAGGCUACAACUGGGCUUUCCUCCAGUGCCCGUCUUGUCAGUGUAACGGACACAGCGGGUGCGUGAACGGAAGCGUCUGCGAGCACUGCGGGAACCUGACGGCUGGGACGCAGUGCCAGAACUGCAUGGCGGGUUACUAUGGCGAUCCCAUCAACGGAGGGAAGUGCAGCGCUUGCAGGUGUAACAGCCAUGCCAACGUGUGCCACGCCAACACGGGCAAGUGCUUCUGCAGUACCAAGGGCAUCAAAGGAGAACAAUGCCAGCUAUGUGACUCAGAGAACCGUUACCUUGGAAACCCUCUGCGAGGAACCUGCUAUUACAACCUGCUGAUCGACUACCAGUUCACCUUCAGCCUGCUGCAGGAAGACGACCGCAACUACACCGCCAUCAACUUCAUGGCCACGCCGGAGCAGGCCAACAAGAACUUGGACAUGUCCAUCAACGCUUCCAACAACUUCGACCUCAACAUCACUUGGUCCUUAAGCUCCACAGCCGGGACCAUCUCAGGGGAGGAGAUGUCCAUCACGGCAAGACGCAACAUUAAGGAGCACAGAGACAGCUUCUCGUGCGAGCAGUUCCGCUUUAAGCAGCGUCGCAACGUCACCUUCUUCAUCUACGUGUCCAACUUCAGCUGGCCCGUCAAGAUACAGAUUGCAUUCUCCCAGCAGAACAGCAUCAUGGACCUGGUGCAGUUCUUCGUCACCUUCUUCAGCUGCUUCCUGUCUCUGCUUCUGGUCGCCGCCGUGGUUUGGAAGGUCAAGCAGACGUGCUGGGCCUCACGGCGCAGAGAGCAGCUGCUGAGGGAGCGCCAGCAGAUGGCCAGCCGCCCGUUCGCGUCGGUGGCGGUGGCAUUGGAGGCGUGCCCCGACCGCCAGGCCUGGCUGCAAGCGGCGCCGAAGGCCAUCGCCAUGGAACCGUGUUGGGGGAGCAGAGCCGCCGUUCUCACCGUCCUGAUGUUUUUACCCAGAAUGUCGUGUGGAACGCCGCCGCCAGGACAAUCCGGCGUGGCCAUCGCCAGCGCCCUGGCGGACACGUCGUCGCAGCAGCGGGCGACGGACUUCCGAGAGCGAGGCCCGGGCCUCAAGCAACGCAAACACUCCGUGCAGCACCAAGGGACUUGUGUAUGAACCCUGCGGUACACCACGCUGGGAACUCAGGUGAACCGGAACAAUUGUAGAAUGGCAAUGCGGAUAUUUUUCAUCCCUGUUGGAAAUAUUGAAUUCAGUGAGGAAGUUGUUGAAAACCUCCCACUUGGACACGAAGCUCAGAUGAAGAAUUUGGACCGGUAAGUCCCGACGUCUCCUCUGGAAUAUGGAACACGUCAAAUUUUUUGGGGGGCGGGACUUUGUCACAACAGAGAUCUUUCCGGUGAGUCAUUAAUAAAUCGUCUUGGACUCGUUAGUGAACUCGACUGAACCGGAGGAGCUUCUCAGUGAAGCAUUCAGGCUACUUAAGGAAGUUAUCAGGAAUUUUCAUGUUGAUUUUGCAACUUUGACAAAUAUGAUUCAAUUUGUUUUGUUUUUUUUAAUCACAGAAGACUAAAAGUCACCCUCCUAAGUCUUUUCCCACGUUUGAUUUACAAAACUUGUCAAAUUUACACGUUUCAGUCCUGUUGUUCUUUGACAUUGAUGUUAUUUUAAUGUUUUUUAAUAUGUUUUUUAAUCAUUAUUUUAUUUUUUUUAUUAACAAACGCUGCCAAGCAGGGAGUUGACGGUAAAAAGAACUUUUAUACUGAGUCGCUGGUUGCAAACUUGAUCUUUAGAAAAAAAGAUAUGAUUUAUGAACUGUUCUUUCAAUAUGGUCACAUUUGUUAUUGGAGGAUUAAAAAAAUAAUAAUACGACUCGUAUAAGGAUAAAGUUGUAUAGUUGAUUGACAGGGGGAAAAAAAGUCUUACCCCCAAGAUGUUUUUCUACCAUUUUAUUCUCGGGAAAAUUCUAGAAAUAUUUCUGGGGGGAAAAAAAAGUUCCUACUUUUGUAACAUUGCAACUUUUUCUUAAAAAUGGCUUUGGUUUUCUAAAUCUGGAAAAUAAAGUUAUGAAAUUUGCUCACUAAAAUCAACAUUGUCAGGAUAAAAUCUUUGGAAUUAUUUUCAAAAUGAUUCAUAAUUAUUUUGUUCUCAUAGCGGUGACUUUUUUUUUUUUUUUUCCCUCAAAAGAACAUUUUUGAAAUGUUAAAAUUGAAGGUGACGACCCCCGUGGAGGAACUUGAACAGGAACUCAAACGUUGGCCCGCUGGUUGAUGGAGGUCGAUUUUAUUGAAGAAGAAGAAAAAAAAAAAGGCUGACAAAGUUGAUCUGACUUUCUUUCUUUUUUUUUUUUUUUUUUUUAUUUUAAGAUGUUUUAAAAGGCGUCCGCCGGCGGCCAUUAGCCGGGAAGAUAAGUGCUGCUUUUGUGUACAUGAAAGACGAGCGUUUUUAGCUGUAAGUGGACGCCUGGCAGCGACGCAGCUUCACGCGUCAGCAAGAAAACAACUGAGCCCCCCCACCCCGCCCCUCGGAGCUCUCCUGAAUGCCCCCCUCCCCCCGCCACUCCCUUCAUCCAGCCGUAAGAUGUUGCAAGAUGUGAAGACGUUCAAGAGGCAUCCCGGAACGUGGCCGUAUUCCAAGAACGCGUUUGAGUAUUCGCCGUCCAUUCGUCACCCGGACACCAAGUGGGCCGUGGGGACACUCGACGAGAUCACGGAGACCCCCAGGCCCCCUCCCCCGCUCACCUACCGACGUCGCGCUCACAACGACUUUUUCCAGCGUCCCAUAAUGAGCUCACAUCAAAGACGACGUUUGCGAUGCUAAUAAUCAAAACGUCUGACGUUUUUCGGGGAGACGAGGCUACAAGUCGCCCGGCGAGGACGCGAGACGACGGCCGCAGUACCACAGCCACAGCAGCGGGGGCAGCAGACGCGUCGCCCCGGCGGGUCGUCGGCACGCGGACGAAUUCUUCAC